CGCUUAUAUCUGAAAGCAACAUAACAUACAGCAGUGUAUCACACUAACAAGGCGAGAAUGAAAAUAGAAAAGAAAAAAAAAGUGUGGUUGUCCAUUUCCUGUGAAAACCUUUUGUCUGCUGAUGUUACGAUGUAACUUUUUAAAGGUUAGAUUUGAGUGCAUGUGAGGCCAUGAGGCGAGGAACAAAGGGGAAAGGUCGGGAGAGUAUGGGUAGCUCUCUGCUCAGUCCACAGGAGAAUGAGAGACUGGAAGAUCUGCUGGGCAGGAGGUGUGUGUCUCUGUCUUCUGCAGUUGUUCAGCUGUUUAUGGCUCUGCCGAGCGAGCCGACCCGCUGGACCUUGCAGCAGGCUGGUGUAGUUAGUUUCGUCAAGGACAGCCCUCAGCGCUCCUAUUUCAUUCGUCUCUAUGACAUGAAGGCAGGGAAGCUGGUGUGGGAACAAGAAAUCUAUAAUCAACUGAUGUACCAAAGGUCCAAGCCUUUUUUUCACACAUUCUCUGGAGACGAAUGUCAGGUGGGGUUAAAUUUUGCAGAUGUAACAGAGGCUGAAAAUUUCUUCACUGUAGUGGAGGAGAAGAUCAGCCAGAGAAAUAAUCGCUUUGAGAAACAGCAGAGAAAAGGAUCUGUAUCUAGAGACUGUGGAGCUUUGCCACCACGUCCUCCACCCGAUGGCUUUGGCACUCCUACCAUGCCUCCAAUGGUGCCUAUUACUGUCCAGAACCAAAUCAUUCCUACCAAAUCAAAGAAAGAGAAGAAAGAGAAAGAAAAGAAAAAUAAGAAGAAAGGAUCCAAACUGUUGAAGGGAGAUAUUGGAGCACCCAGUGGAUUCACGCAUGUCAGUCACUGUGGCAUGAAUUCCAACAAUUUGGACCCAGAUUUGAUGAAACUUCUGUCCCGCGCUGGGAUCAGCGAAGCAGAUUUAAACGAUUCAGAAACCUCUCGACUCAUCUAUGAUGUCAUUGAGCGUUCAGGUGGAAUGGAGGCUGUUAAAAUGGCCUUUCACCAUCAGGAGUCUCCGCGCCCUCCAGUCCCUGGUGGUCAUCGUGGUUCUCUUCCCCAAGUGCCUACUGGGCACUCCUCAGCACCUACUCCCCCUCAAGGUCGAACAGGGCCUCUACCACCAGUCCCUGGAUCGAUUCAAUCCUCUGGUCCUCCACCCACACGUGGUUCCCUUCCACCUACACCUCCAAGAGGCCACAGUGGGUCUCUACCACCGGUUCCAUCACCACAAGCCCAUGAGAGCCGCAGUGGUCCUCUGCCCCCACGAUCUGCAUCAUUAGGGCCCCUGCCACCUGUUCCAGGAGGGAGGAACGGGCCCUUACCUCAGCCCCCAACGGCACGUAGCGGACCCUUACCCCCACCACCUGCAGGUCGGAGCGGACCAUUGCCACCACCUCCAGCAGAACGCAGAGAGUCUUUAACUCCAGUUCAAGGAAGAAGAACCGUAACUCCAGUGAACGAAAGGCGAGGAAGUGUUUUGCCACCCCAGCCUGCUGCAAAGUCUUCCCCACCACUACCACCUGGAGCAAGGAGCGGACACUUACCUCCCCCUCCAAGAGACAAUAGUGGAUGCUUGCCACCUCCACCAUUAUCUGAAAUGCCAUUGCCGCCUCCCCCGUCAGAUUUCUUCCCUCCUCCACCUUGUGAACCAUUCCCCCCUCCGCCACCUGAAGACUUAGUUGAUUCUGUGCCUCCACCCCUUUUCUCUGAAUCGAGGUUUCCUCCUCAAAGUAAUCACCAGCAUUCUUCUGGCUUUGCCCCUCCACCCCCUCCACUCUCAGCCAAACCUUGCACAGGUGGUCCAGCUCCUCCACCUCCACCUCCUCCUCCGCCGCCUCCCGCUGCCCCUACUAUAAUGAACUUUGGCAGCAAACUGGAGGGAAAUGGUCCUCCCACUUCAGCAUCCUGUGGUGGGACAGGAGGUAGAGGUGCAUUACUUGCCCAGAUACAAAUUGGGAAGCAGCUCAAAAAGGUGACCAACAACCCAGAACCACCAUCACCUGCAUUGGAAACAGGAGAGGGAAUAGUUGGAGCUCUCAUGAUGGCAAUGCAGAAGAGGAGUAAGGUCAUCCAUUCCUCAGAAGAGGAAGAUGAAUUUGAUGAUGAUGACGAUGACGAUGAAGAGUGGAAUUAAUCCUGAUUUUAUCUGAAACAAUUAACAUUGCACAAACCUGAGCAGCUUAAGCAUGUUGUGAAAGUUAACUUUCAACACUGAGCCAAUGAGUGGUCUUUCUAGCCUAAGAGUUCUCAGCCUCUGUGUGUGUAUUUAAUGCAUUCUAUACAAAAGAAGUAUAGAAAAGGUUAUCAAAGAAAACAGAAACAGUAAAUUGAUUGCUUGCUGAAAUAUACUACUGCACACUUGGCAAGGCCUACAGUAUGUUUGGUGUGUACACUUCCCUGCCUAGACCAGACAAUGAAAGACACAGGUAGCAAAUAAAAGUGUACAAUUUGUAAUA